AUGGUUUCAGAAGGCAAGGAACACGCUGUUGAACAUUUAUCAAAAGCAGAAUUAGCAUUUAUUGCCGUACUUUUCGAUGCAAAAGGUGGUCUAGCUUUAGGUCAUGAUAAACAACACAAUUCAUAUAGAUUAACAUUUGAAAAUAUCAAAGUUGUACGUGGACAUAUGGAUCGAACAGCUGAUGGUACUCAUUUUGAAUAUCGUCAGCAUCCAAAAGGUUUAAAAUUUAAAAUUGAAAAUGAAAGUGAUGAACAAAUACAACAAGCUGCCGAAGAUGAUGAAGUCAAAGAACCAAAAGAAGGUAAAACUUAUGUAGCCAUUCUUACCAAUCCAGAUCAUAUUGAUAUUCUUGUCGAAAUUGAUCCACAUGAUAUUUCGGAAAUUGUUCAAAGUUCACGAGAUAAAGAAACAGCAACUGUAUAA